AUUUAUCCGUCCGCUCUUAGAAAAUACGCUUGCUCUGCUCUCGUCUACGCCGGAACUAGUCAAAUUCUUGCACAAAACACUCCUAGCAAACACUAUGGUCGCCAGUCAUGGUAUGACGGGGAUGCUCGGGGAAGAUGGGAUUCACAUUGACAUGAAUCACCUGAAGAGUGGAGAGGUCAACCUAGGAACAUCAAUCAUGGCAAUCAACUUCAAAGACGGCGUCAUCCUAGGUGCGGACAGUCGAACAACGACUGGAGCUUACAUCGCCAAUCGAGUCACCGAUAAAUUGACGCAAGUCCAUGAUACCAUUUGGUGCUGCCGAUCUGGCUCCGCCGCAGAUACACAGGCCGUGGCGGACAUUGUCUCCUACCACCUGAAUAUGUACUCCAUCGUCAAUAACGAGCCGCCCAGCACACAGGUUGCAGCCGCGCUGUUCCAGGAGCUAUGCUAUGAGAACAAGGACAUGCUAAGUGCCGGAAUAAUCAUCGCGGGCUACGAUCCCCGGCACGGCGGCCAAGUGUAUUCGAUACCGCUGGGUGGAUCGCUGCACAAGCAGGCAUACUCCAUCGGCGGGUCCGGGUCGACUUACAUCUACGGUUACUGUGACGCGAACUGGAAAGAGAACAUGACUGAAGAAGAGGGUGUUGAGUUUGUCAGAGGGGCACUGCGGGAGGCAAUCAAGUGGGAUGGCAGCUCGGGCGGCGUGAUCAGGAUGGUAGUCUUGACGAAGAAUGGAGCGCAACGACACCUGUAUCUGCCGGACAACGGCUACACUGCACCCGGACGUACUAACUGAGGCUUUCGCGGUGAGCAAUGAUCAUAUCUCAAUGCUAGCUACCAGCUAAAGGUCUUUUAUUUUUUGCCGUA